AUGGGCUUUCUUAAGUCUGUGACAGUCGGCAUCCUCGCCCUCUCGCAAUUUGGCAAUGCCAUCCCUACGAACUACACAAACCCAACCCUCGAGGCUCGCAAACUCUACGCACUGGAUGGCGGCCAGGAACCAAGUCUUACCAAGCGAGCCCUCUUCAACGUUGAUGGCAUCCUGGACGACAAUCGCAAAGAAGUACUCAGGCAAGGUUUGAAGGAUGCGGUUGAGGUUGCCAGCGUGGUGCUCGACAAGAUGGGCAAGGAGAAACACAAGAAUAAGAUUUCGGCGUGGUUUGGCGAUGUGGAGAAUGAAGACUACGAGGGAAAAGUUCGCGAUGUUUUCAAGAACUUUGUGGGCGAGAACCACGACCACGAGGGCGCCAACGUGCUCGGCCAGCUCAUCGUCUUCCCGGACGACUAUUGGUACGUCGAAGAGCGGGGUCAGAACUUCUGCGACGUCGUCAAACCAGACGGCAGUACUGGUACCGCGUACUACAUGCCGCGCGAUAAGAAGUAUUACGGAAUGCACUACUGCGACAAGUUCUUCAGGCGGUUGAACCUCAAGGAUUACACCGAACAGUAUCUCAGGGAUAACUGUGCCGGCAUGCCUGAUCACAUCGAUACAAACCACAUCAGCCGUGUCUUCCAAGGCGCCAACGUCCUGCAUGAGGUCAUGCAUUUCCCACUCGUUGGCAAGGCAGGGACAUCCAAGCAGAUUGGAGAUGCUGUUUACAACGCUUACAACUGCUACACACUCAAAACCACCCCUGACGCUCUGAACCAAAAAGGCAAGCCAAAGAGGACCAUCGACAACGCAGAUUCUUACGUUUACUACGCAAUGCACAUCUACCUUGAGGAGAAGUGCGACAGGGCUUUCGGAUACCCGCAAAGCAUGGUAGACAACUAG